AACAGCAAAGAUGAGCAGCUCUAGAACCAUUUUGUUGAUCAUCAUCUUCUGCAUCUUUUCUUGUGGUUACAUCCCCAAUAUUCAUGUGGUAGCUUCUGAUUCUUCCAAGGGCUUCAUCCAUUGCCUCGCCAAGAAAUCCAUUCCCCCAUGGCUCAUACACACUAGGAGCUCCUCUUCCUACACAUCCAUCCUCAAGUCCUCCAUCAGAAACCCUAAGUUCUUGAACACAACGGCAUCGACGACGCCCCUGUGCAUCGUCUCGGUGAAGAGGGCCUCCCACAUCCAGGCCGCCGUUGUCUGCGGCCGCCGCCACCGCGUCCGCGUCCGGGCGCGCAGCGGCGGGCACGACUACGAGGGGCUGUCCUACCGCGCCGAGGACCGCCGCGAGCGGUUCGCCGUCGUCGACCUGUCCGGGAUGCGGUCCGUGCGCGUCGACGCGGCGGGCGGCACGGCGUGGGUGCAGUCCGGCGCCACGCUCGGCGAGCUGUACCACGCCAUCUGGAGCAGCGCGCCGCGGCUCGGGUUCCCCGCGGGAGUCUGCCCGACGGUCGGCGUCGGCGGCCACUUCAGCGGCGGCGGCUUCGGCAUGCUGCAGCGCAAGUACGGGCUCGCCGUCGACCACGUCGUGAACGCCACGCUGGUCGACGCGAGGGGGCAGCUGCUCAACAGGGGCGCCAUGGGCGAGGACCUCUUCUGGGCCAUCAGAGGCGGCGGCGGCGGGAGCUUCGGCAUCGUGGUGUCAUGGCACAUCGAGCUCGUCCCCGUCCCGCCCACCGUCACGGUGUUCGACGUCGUCAGGACGCCGGAGCACGGCGCCGUCGACCUCCUCACGAAAUGGCAGGAGAUCGCGCCGCGGAUGCCCGACGACAUCAUGGUCAGGGUCAUCGCCGAGCCACGCCGCGUCACCUUCGAGGCCAUGUACCUCGGCACCUGCGACGAGCUCCUGCCACUGAUGCGCCGCCACUUCCCCGACCUCGCCAUGACCAGCGCCGACUGCCACGAGAUGCGGUGGAUCGAGUCCAUCCCCUACAUCCACCUCGGCAGCAACGCGACGGUGGCCGACAUCCUGAACCGGACCUCCAUCUCCAGGAUCAACACCAAGAACCGAUCCGACUACGUCAGGCGCCCGAUCCCAAACACCAUAUGGAAGAAGAUCUUCACCGCAUUACAAAAGGUCACCACCUUCGGCGAGUUCCAGAUGUACAUAGACCCGUACGGCGGCAAGAUCGGCAGCAUCCAUGAAUCCGCGACGCCAUUCCCGCACCGGGAGGGCGUCCUGUACAACAUGCAGUACAUCACCUACUGGAACGGCGGCGCGAACGGCACGGCGGCGCUCGAGUGGAGCGGCGAGCUGUACAAGUUCAUGGAACCCUACGUGAGCAGGAGCCCCCGGGAGGCGUACGCCAACUACAGAGACCUUGACCUCGGGAGGAACAAGGUGGUGGAUGGCGUCAGCAGCUACGACGCCGGCAAGGUCUGGGGCCAGAGGUAUUUCAGGCACAACUUUGAACGGCUCGCUGCGGUGAAGGCCAUGGUGGAUCCGGACGACUACUUCAGGAAUGAGCAGAGCAUUCCUCCGUUGUUCAAGUGAUCCAAAGUCGUGGCAUUUCGAAGAAGAUGUGAAGAAAAAUAAUUGGUUUCGCAUUUAUGUCUAUUGGUAGUUGUUUUUUUAGGGUGAUCCAUCUCUGAUUGGACUUGGUACAAUGCGUAUCAAUAUAUGCAG